UGUUAAAAGUAUUGCACUCAUUCAUUGUAAAUGAUGCUUGCUUGACUUUUCAGAUGGUUAAUAGCGAGGAGCAAGAUAACGAAGUUGAGGCAUUGAAAUCAAUAUUCGCUGAUGAUAUAUAUGUUUUACAUGACGAUAAUGAUAGGUUAAAAUUACAUGUAAAAAUUCAAAAUAACACUGAUUUAUCUACUUCAAGAAGUAAAUGCAUUUUGCAAUUUAUAUUGCCUAAAUUAUAUCCAGAUGAGAUACCUAUUAUGGAUAUAUUAUCCAAUCAUAUAUCAGAUUUUCAAAAAGAAAAAAUGAAAAAUGUUUUAAUUUCUGAAGCAGGAGAUAAUUUGGGAAUGCCUAUGAUAUUUACCCUCAUAUCCUUUAUACAAGAUUGGUGGUACAUUGAUUCUAAAGAAAUUAAGAAAAAGAUGGAUGAGGAAAUCCUAAGAAAAGAAACUGAAAAAUAUAAAAGAAUUGAUGGUAUAGCCGUUACCAUAGACUCAUUUAUACAUUGGAAAUCCAAAUUCGACGAAGAGAGGCUACGGAAAAUGGUUAAAACCAUAGACGAGGAUCAGGAAAAUCGCCCAACUGGCCGACAAUUGUUUGAAAGAAACAGCAUGUUAAUGCUUUCCGACGAGAUGUUGUUAACAGCUGAUUCUGAAAACCUUGAGGAUCUGCAGGACUUGGAGAUUGAUGAAUCCCUCUUUGAAGAUAUCGACGAAGAAAUAGCUAAUUUGAAUUUAUAGAACGAAUAAUAUAUUUGACCUAAUUUUGAUAAGACUAGUAAAAUAUUGUGAAUACAAAAAAUAAAAUUAUUUCCUAAUAAAUGAUGAUAUUCCACGAUAGCUGAUUUAUUUAGUAGGCUUAAUCCAA